AUGGAAGAUGAAAUGAUUGGGCCGGAACUUGGCACCAUUUUGUCAAAGGAUUCGCCGACCUUGCUGGGCUCAAAGGCCAAAGUUAAAUCUCAUGCAAUGGGACAUGUCACGCCUAUUUCGCAUCGUCCCAUCGCGUACAGCAGGUUACAUGCUCUAGUGGCUGCGCAACAAGGCAAACAAAGUCACGGCCAUUCUAUUACCUCCUAG